AGUCCAGGGUAGUUUGGUAACAGCAAAAGUACUCUCUCGUGUUCUUCCAUCCAUCACCCACACCCUUUUUAAGGCUAACGCAGUGAGGGAAGUUUCGUUGUACGUUGCUUCUUCUCUCUGUGUGAGCUGCUGAGCUGUGUGAGGGAGAAACAGAGUGACAGAAAACAGAGAGACAGAAAACAGAGGAGGAGAAAACCAAGGGUUCAUCCUCCCAUUCCCAUAAGACUCUCUCUUUCUUCAUAGAAUUUGUCUCUCAUUUCUCUCUCUCUCUCUCUCUCACUGUGAGACAGAAACAAAGGACUAGGACUCUCUCUCUCUCUCUCUCUCUCUCUCUCUCGCAUUUCCUUCAUUCGCAAUCAUGAUCUCAUCUAGAUGCAGCUUCCUGAGCAACUCAGGGUUAGGUGGGUCUAGCAACUUCUCUGGUUCACAGAGAAGGCAUUCAGCUCCUUUGAGGGUGCUGUGUAUGGCCCCAAGCAGCAGCACCAAGUCAGGUGAUAGAAACGGCAGCGUUGUGAUGGAGACGCCAACACUGACGCCGUCGAAAGAGAAUGACAUGAGAAACGGGACCACCGUGGCGGACGUAGACGAUAACCCAAUCUCCCCCGGCGGUCCUCAGGAUGUGUACGGCGAGGAUAGGGCCACGGAGGAUCACUUUGUGACUCCUUGGAGUGUCUCUGUCUCUAGUGGUUAUACAUUGUUGCGAGAUCCUCACUUCAACAAAGGGCUAGCCUUCUCGGAGAAGGAGAGGGAUGCUCACUACUUGCGUGGUCUUCUUCCCCCGACAGUUAUUCCUCAGGAAACUCAGGUGAAGAAAAUGAUCCAGCACAUACGCCAGUAUCAAGUUCCAUUGCAGAAGUACAUGGCAAUGAUGGAUCUUCAGGAAAGAAAUGAACGGCUGUUUUACAAACUCCUUAUCGAUCACGUGGAAGAGUUACUCCCAGUUGUCUAUACUCCAACUGUUGGUGAAGCUUGCCAGAAAUAUGGCAGCAUCUUUAUGCGUCCUCAGGGUCUUUAUAUCAGUUUGAAGGAGAAGGGAAGGAUUCUUGAAGUACUAAGGAAUUGGCCUGAGAAGAACAUUCAAGUCAUAGUGGUAACUGAUGGAGAACGGAUCCUGGGUCUUGGAGAUCUUGGUUGUCAGGGAAUGGGAAUACCGGUAGGAAAACUCUCCUUAUAUACUGCUCUUGGAGGAGUUCGUCCUUCUGCUUGCUUGCCUAUUACCAUUGAUGUGGGUACAAACAAUGAGAAGCUGCUAAAUGAUGAAUUAUAUAUUGGACUAAAGCAAAGACGAGCAACUGGGCAGGAAUAUGCUGAACUUAUGAAUGAAUUUAUGACUGCUGUCAAGCAAACUUAUGGUGAAAAAGUCCUAAUUCAGUUUGAAGACUUUGCAAACCACAAUGCUUUUGAUCUACUUGAAAAAUAUAGAUCCACACAUCUGGUGUUUAAUGAUGACAUUCAGGGAACAGCAUCUGUGGUUCUUGCUGGACUAGUUGCAGCUCUGAAAUUGGUUGGAGGAAACUUAGCUGACCACAGAUUCUUAUUCCUUGGUGCCGGAGAGGCUGGCACUGGAAUAGCAGAACUCAUAGCACUUGAAACAUCAAAACAGACAAAUUCCCCACUGGAGGAAGUGCGCAAGAACAUUUGGUUGGUGGACUCAAAGGGACUGAUUGUCAGUUCCCGGAAAGAAUCACUCCAACAUUUUAAGAAGCCCUGGGCUCAUGAACAUGAACCUGUCAAAAAUCUAGUAGAUGCUGUUAAGCAAAUCAAGCCAACAGUGCUGAUUGGAACAUCAGGACAAGGUAGAACUUUUACCAAAGAGGUCAUUGAGGCCAUGUCCUCUAUAAAUGAGAGACCUAUCAUUCUUUCUCUUUCGAACCCAACGUCGCAGUCAGAAUGUACUGCUGAAGAAGCUUAUACAUGGAGCAAGGGACGCGCCAUUUUUGCAAGUGGGAGCCCAUUUCCCCCAGUUCCGUAUGAUGAUAAAGUGUUUGUGCCUGGCCAGGCCAACAAUGCAUACAUAUUCCCUGGAUUCGGUCUAGGUUUGAUUAUGUCUGGGACGAUUCGAGUGCAUGAUGACCUGCUUCUGGCUGCCUCGGAGGCUUUGGCUGAACAAGUGACACAAGAGCACUUUGACAAAGGGCUCAUAUUUCCACCAUUCACCAACAUCAGAAAGAUUUCAGCACAUAUAGCUGCCAAAGUUGCUGCUAAGGCUUAUGAACUAGGGUUGGCCACUCGCCUUCCACAACCCAAAGAUUUGGUGAAGUUUGCUGAGAGCUGCAUGUAUACCCCAGCCUACAGAACCUACCGGUGAAGUGACAAUCCAAAAAGCAAAAAAAAAGUGACAACAGCCCCAUUUUCUUUUCUGGUCAAUUUUUUAAUUAAUUUUUUAUUGUGUUCUUGUAAGUUAUUUCCUUACUGUAUUUGGGUGGGUUAGGAGGUUAGGACGGUGUGUAGUGGUAGUUGGACUACUAGUAGGGGCUAUAAAUUUUUGUCAUGUGACAGUAAUCAAAAUUGGAAAAAAGGAAGAAUUUAAAAGACUUGAUAUAAAUGGCUGAAAGUGAUUGUCUGAUCA